AUGCGAGCAGGCGCGAGGAGUGACCGCGGAUGCGGCGACGGUGAGGAUGCGGUGGCGGUGGGGCCGCCGGGACUGGCGGCGGGAUCUCUGGGAGCGGGCGGGCUUUUCGGCGGCGGAAGCGGCGACGAGCAGGAGCACAGCGGCGCGGCGGCGGCGGCGCAGGAGCGGUACUUCGUGAGCAGCAGCGGGCAGGUGGGCGUGCUGCGCGAGCAGGCGGCGAUGGAGCGGCAGACGGUGGAGUGGACUGCGGACGAGUCAUACGGGGUGGACAUCAACGCGCUGCUAGACCGCAUCGAGGGCGCGGCGGAGGGCGCGCAGCGCGCGGCGCGCGCGCCGGGGCGGGUGCCGCAGGCGCUGUGGGCGGAGAAGUGGCGGCCACAGCGGUUUGUGGAUCUGGUGGGGAACGAGAGCAAUAACCGGAAGGUGAUGCGGUGGCUGCGGCAGUGGUCGGCGCUGGUGUUCGGCGAGGCGCUGCCGGGCAGGGCGAGCGCGAACGCGGCGGCGGAGCAGCCGGAGGACCCGCUGCAGCGACCGCAGAAGCGGAUUCUGCUGCUGCACGGACCGCCGGGCAUCGGGAAGACGUCUGUGGCGCACGUGCUCGCGCGGCAGGCGGGGUACGCGGUGAUGGAGCUGAAUGCGAGCGAUGAGCGCGGCGGCACGCGGCUGCGCGAGAAGGUGCGCAACUGCCUCUUCAACGACACGUUCAACAGCCAGCCGGUGUGCCUGGUUGCGGACGAGAUAGACGGCAGCGCGGAGAACGGGCUGAUACGGACUUUGGUUGACAUUGUGAACGCCGAUGCGCGCGCGACGUCGGAGCUACUGGGCCGCCUGGAGCACGGCAAGCGCAAGCGCGCACGGCACAAGUACUCUGGCAAGGUCCUCGUAAGGCCGAUCGUUGCUAUCUGCAACAACGUGUACGCGCGCGCGCUGGAGGAUCUGCGCCCCCACUGCCAGAUUGUUGCCUUCCGGCCGCCGGGCGAGCUGGCGCUGCUGGAGCGGCUAGAGCUGGUGUGCGAGAAGGAGGGCGUGCCGGCCGACAAGAAGACGCUGAAACAGAUGGCUGAGCUGUCACAGGGCGACAUCAGAAACGCCCUGAACAACCUACAGUUCAUGUCCGUGACGGACGGUACGGGUAGUCCCGCGUCCGGGCGGAGAAAGGACACCGGUGUGCCGUGGUUCAAGCUGUGCAACAAGCUGUUCAGGAACAACCCGCACGCGGAGAGCAGGGCGCAGUUCCAGGAGCUACUGUCCGAGGUGGAGCUCAGCUCCAGCUACGAGAAGGUCGCAGACGGUUGUUUCCAGCUCUAUCCCGCGGUUAAGUUCUCCGACAUGCGGCUCCAAAAGCCGGGGGCCAUCUCCGACUGGCUCUAUUUCUUUGACCGCAUGUCAGCUUCUCUCUACGAACAUAAUGGAGAGCUGCUUCGCUACUGUCCGAUGGCAAUUAUGGAGUUCUUCGUGCUCUUCAGCGACAUAGCCAAUCGCCAGGACCAGGUCAUCAAGAGUAUGGAGUACGAGGUACGGGAAAAGGGUCGCAGGCACAGCGCCAUGGUCGCGGCAACCCGUAAGGGCAUGCAUCCGGACUCCCAGAUAUUCACGUCUACAGAGGCACUGCUCCUCGAGACACUCCCCUAUUUGGACAUCAUGCUCUCGCCCGAUCUCACCGCAAUUCACGAUCAGCUCACUAGGCAGAAAAUCAUGGACAACAUUGUGCCUUUACUGCACCAAUUUGGCCUGCAGCUGCACCAUAUCAAAGACACCGACUACAGGAAUUUGCUCGCAAUCCAGCCUCCGUUUAACGAGCUCGUAGCGCUGGACCCAAAGCGAAGCAGAGAAACCGCCUCCAAGCGACCGCACGUCCUCAACAUCCUCCUCGCAAAACUAGAGGAGGAAAAGGCGAAAAAAAGAACGGUACGCAAAGUCCGACAUGCCGAGGAGGACCUCGAAGUCCUCCGGAGGAACACGCCGGCAACCCCAGCAGACUUUUUCAAGAACCAGUACACGCGGCUCAACGCGGCCAACGUUCCUGUCGUUCCCGCCGCAGCCCCCGGCGCGCCCCCGGCGUCUACUGCAGAGGGCCCUGUGCGACGGGGCGCAUCACCACCUGAACCCGAGCUCAAGAUCUGGGUCAAGUACAAAGAGGGCUUUUCUAAUGCCGUGCGCAAGAAUGUGAAGUGGGGCACUCUGUGGCAAUAG